AGGAUCGAGACUCGCCAUCUCGGAAACUACGAACGUGGCGGAGUACAAUGGUGCGGUGGACCCGAAGAUACCGGUGCUGAAGGGAGAGACGUUGAAGGAUUUCACCAGAUACGAGAGGGCAGUUCAGGCGGCGGAGCUGAGCUGCGAGAGUAAGGAGUCUGAGCAGGCGCUCGGUCCGAAGCUGUGUAGGAACCUGCUGGGCGCGAACAACUCCGUCAGCGUGCUGAUAGAACAGACGAACCCGAAAGACUACGCGACGGAGGACGGCACCCAGAUACUACUGCGAUUCCUCGAACAGCAGCGCUUCGCCAAGAGCAGUUUCAGGAAGCUGCCGAAGGCGUUCGACGCUUUCUUCGACCAGACGCAGAUCGAGAAGAAGGGCGAAGAGCCGAUGGCGGCGUUUUGUACGGCGAUGGAGGUGGCGAAGCGCAAUCUCGAGGAAGUGGACCCAGACACGAAGAUCAGUGCGAACGAGCUAGGGUACCACACGCUGAAGAGAAGCGGACUGGACAAGGACGAGCGCAAUCUAGUGAUAUCACGGGCAGAUGAGACCUUCAACUUCCAGAAGAUUAGCACGACGCUGGGAUCGAGAACGAGCUGGCGAUGGGCAAACUACAACGACGGCGAGCGCGACCCGGAGGACGAGGACCAGAACGUCGAGCACGACGGGUACUGGGUCCAGGACGACGACGGCUACUGGUACGAGUGGGACGAAGAGCACGGUGUCUACGCGUUCGCGGAGGACGGCGACGACGGCUGGGACAGCAGCGACAUGUUCUACAUCGAGGACGACACCGACGUCUACCUCGCGAGCGAGGACGACGAGUACCAGCAGGCCCUCGUCACGCUGCGCGAGAGCAGGCUGAAGAUGAACAAGAUCCGGGCGGCUCGAGGUUUCUUCAAGGGACGAAUCGAUGGAAUAGUGGACGAGAGCGCGGCGGCCGGUGGCAAGGCAGCCGGGAAAGGCGGCAAAGGCGGCAAGGGCAAUCACGGUGGCAAAGGCAAGUCCAAGGACAAGAGGUGCACCAACUGCGGAAGAAUGGACCACGCUUCAACAGACUGCCCGACGCCACGACCUCCGAGGCCGGCAGGCAAAGGCUUCAAGGGCCGCGGCAAGACCUCGAAGGCUCAGUCCCGUCCACGACGGCUGGGUUUCUGGGCGAUGACCACAUUGGUGUGCAUCAUGCCGGACAUGUUCCACCAGAAGGACGUCCAGGACCCGGAGCCCGCGACGGAGAAGUUCCAGGAGCCAGCCGAGCACGACAUCAUGAUGGUCAACGUGGGGAGCGACCCGAUCCUACCGGAAGUGCCAGAAGUGGACACGAUGAUCUCGAGCACGAUCGUGCCAGCUACCCUGGUGGACAGCGGCGCCUCCGUAGCGGUGGCAGGGCGCGGCUGGCUGGAUAAGAUCGCGGUGGAGCUCCAGAAGUACGGUCUGAGGACCAUCAUCGUCGAGGCGAGCCAGAAGUUCAAGGGAAUUGGCGGCGCGCGACGUGAAGCGAAGCAGAAGUGGAUCAUCCCGAUCGGUAUUGGCAAGAAGCAUGUCCUGCAGGAGUAUUUCGAGAUCCCUGGUGACAUGAUUGGCUUGAAGAGCAAGAAGAACCUGGCGGACUGGAAGACGAACCUCUACCUGCGCGAGGACGGCCAGUGGGCAGACUUCCAGGAGCUUGGGGUGUACGACGAGGAGCUCGUGAAGCUUCCCGGCGGCCACGCGGGCAUCGACAUCUUCGACUACGACCUGGAACCGUACGAGCUGGAGGUUUUCCUGGUCGCGGAGACGCUGCAGGUGUCCAAGCCAGACUUCAUGGUCAAGGGGAUCUUCAAGAAGGGUACGCUCAAGCGGAUCGACAAGCUUAUCAAGGAGUAUGCGGUUAUAUUCGACGUGCUGCGCGACAACAACGAGACGUUUCUCUGGGAGUUGUUCGCGAAGGAGGGCAUGGGCGACAGGGUGGACGACCUCAUCCAGGAGCUUCGGCCGCUGAUCGAUUUUUCGGCGGAGGUGCUCAAGAUUCAGGCUGAAGGAGGACGGAUCGGCAUCGGCGAGAAUCCCCUCACCAGCCGGGCGCGGCGGGAAGUUCCGAUCGUGGACCUGCUGAGCUGGCACGGGAACAAGCCACCACUCUACGAGACGGUCACGCUGCACCAGUGCAUGGACGGGCUCGUGGACAAGUACGGCGACCCGAUUCGCAAGCCGACGUGCAUGAUGGUGCCCAACGGUUCGUGCUUCCCUGGGUGGCUCGAGCGCAGGUGCGACGGGAGCCACCAGCACGCCGACAUGGUCGGGCGGAGCACAGCACUGGCACAAGCGGGCGCCUGGCCGGACGACCUGGGCAAGGCUCUGGUGGGCGCCGGCACGCACGAGCUGGCACGACCGACAAGCCCGAAGGAGAUGGGCAUCGGGAACGGCACGGCGAGGUCCCCGAGCAAGCAGAUCGUGAACGCAGUGGCCAAGGCGUUCAAGCUAGGGAAAGACCUGAUCGACGUGGGCGUGUUGACGGGUGACGAGGAGGUUCCGCCCCCUCGCAGGGCAGUGCGGCGCAUCUGCGCGAUGUACUCCAGCGAGGGCGUACUGGCGGACUGCAGCGACGCCUACGCGGGCGACCCGGGCUUCGGGACGAUCAAGCUGGUCAAGCGGUUCCCCACCGACACGGUGAUCGCAGUCUACGUGAAGGAGCCGAAGGUAAAGACGUCCUUCCCUGCGACGGUGCACAUCUACGGGAAGUUUCGGGAUAAGCCUUCGGACAUCACCACGGCCCAGUGGGGCGCUCUCAAGAAGCUCCACCUCAAACUGAGCCGUCCUUCUGCUCACGCACUGAAGCGGCGACUGAAGUCCUACGGAGCGUCACAGCACGUGCUGGAUGCGGUUGACAAGCUGGACUGCGGCGUGUGCAAGGAGCUCGGCAGGCCGACUACGGUGAGAAGCUCGAACCUGAAGCUCUCGACGGAAUUCAACGAGAACGUGUUCCUAGACGAAGCCGGGGUGAUACUAGCAGACGGGACCCGACUGAUGGUCAUGGUGAUCUUGGACGACGCGUCGGGCUUCCGGGUAAUCAUCCCUACCACUGCAGUGAGGUCCAUCACCAGCGAGGAGAGCCUGCGAUGUUUUUCGCAAGGCUGGCUAUCGUGGGCUGGACCACCCAAGGUGCUGUACUACGACGCGGCCAAGGGUCACAUCACGAAGCGGUUCGCAGAGAUCGGAGAGAAGUACACUAUCCUGAUGAGGCCGGUCCCAGCAGAGGCGCCCCAGCUCAAGGGUCGAGUGGAGCGCGCGAUCGACUUCUUCAAGGACCAUUUCCAGCGCCUGAACCGCGACGUGCAGCUCACCAAGGACGACGAUCCGCAUGUGUGGAGAUCGGUAAUAGCGAGUACGUGCAACAACCAUAUUCGGCGGAAUGGCUUCACCCCUUACCAAUACGUGCUGGGCCGGUCGCCUGGCAUCCCGACCUCGCUGAUCGAGGCGAUGGAGGGCGAUCAGAGGCAGCUGGCAUCACAGAGCGCGGCUCUCUUCGAGGAGGGCCCGAGGAGAGCAGAGCAGAUACGUGCGGCGGCGAACCGGGCGUUCUUCGAGCUGGACAGCGACGACGCUGUCAGGAGGGCCAUGGUUGGCCGAGUUCGCCCGCCGCGUGGACCGUUCGUGCCGGGCCAGCUGGUGUUCUACUGGCGCGAGGUGAAGCACGUGAAGUCGAAGAGGCUCCAGGGCGAGCACGGUUGGCGUGGGCCAGCGAUCGCGUUGGCGACCGAAGGCCACACGAGGCUACCCCUCAGCUACCGCGGGGUGCCGGUGCUCGUGACGCUGGAGCAGGUGCGACACGCCUCCCGGAGCGAGGCGGAGAUGGUGGAGAACGGGGACUUGGUCAGGCAGCUCUCUCACUGGCGUGGAGGACCUACUCUCCAGACGGGAUUCACUGAUGAGCGUGGACCUGGGCCAGACGGGAGCGACAAGACGGGCGUGCGCCGCGAGAGGGACGAGAAGGACUCGGACCACGAGGACGGUGUGAUCGACACGAUGAGGACGUACCUGUACCUGGAGACCUACUUGAAGUACCACCACUACCGGGAGGAGGACUGGUUCCUCCAGAACAAGCUACAGACCCACCUGCUGCGGCAGCUGGGCAGGGGCACGCCAUGGACCUGGACGUGGCGGCUGCGCCAGGUAUUCCGCAUCAACAGCAACAGCAACCAGAUCGAGCUGAACAACCAGAACCUGCACCACGACUCAGCUACAAGCGAAUGCUUCCCGACGACCAGGAGGCAGAUCGCGAACGCCUACGACUACGACAAGAGGUCCGACACGACAAAGAAGCAGGUCACUCCCAAGAAGGGUCGGGAGAUCCGCAGCAUCCCACAGGAGUGGAAGGCGGCUUUCGACGCGAGCGACCUGGAGGAGUGGCGCAAGUGGGUCGAGUACGACGCAGUGGACUGGCCGACCGAGGAGGAGCUCGCGGGGGUGGACAAAGCGGCGAUCCUGCCCAUGAGGCGCGUUCGCACGAAUAAGAACGAGGCGAAGUCCCGGAACAUCGUUCCAGGAUACAAGGACAAGCAGCUGCUCGCUGGCGAGUUGCAGACCAACGCCCCCACUCUGACGGACACGGCCACGGCGGUGAUCCUGCAGGAGGCCGCUAGCCAGUCGGGUUGGAGGCUGGAACAGGGCGACGUCGACUCGGCAUUUCUGAACGGGAAGUACCUCGACAGCUCUCGACGCGUGUACUUCCGCGCGCCGAAGGGCGGCCUGCCGGCUGUACCGGAGAUGGGCUGGCCAGCCGUUCCAGGAGCGAAGAAGGGGAUCUACGGGCUGAAUGAUGCACCUCUGUUGUGGUACGAGGAGCAUCGCGACACCAUACUCUCUCUCCCAGGAGCGUCGAGAUCGAAGUUGCGCCGGGCUCUCUUCAUCUUCCACGACGACCAUGAGAAGCUGAUCGGCCUGAUCGGGACGCACGUGGACGACGAUCGGGCAGCGGGCUCGCCCGAGUUCUUCGCUGACCAGGUGACCAAGCUGAGGAAGAUGCACUGCUACGGCAAGUGGCAGACGGCGAAGACCGGUUUCCACCACUGCGGGAGAUUCCUCAAGCAGAGAGACGAUGGCACCAUCACCUGCAGCCAGAGGGAGUACACCGAGAGCAUCGAGAAUAUUCCGAUCUCAAACGAGCGUCGCAAGGACAAGGAAGCGAAGGCUACAGAGAAGAGGGCGAUGCUCCACAGAGGCAACGGCCAGAUUCAGUGGCUGGUGCGAUCUACCCGUAUGGACUUGGCAUUUCGACUGGUGGAGUGUCAAGCGAGGGCUCACGACAGCAACCUGAAGGUUCAGGACUUGCUGGACUUCAACAAGCUGGCGGGCCUGGUCAUCCUGCUCGCAGACAACAAGGACGAUCAAUUCCUUCGCGGGAGGCCGGCCAAGGUCACUCCCAUGUUGUGGCGGUCGCACCGUAUCAAGCGGGUGGUGCGCAGUACCCUGGCGGCCGAGACGAUGGCGGCGCUGGAGGCGGUCGAGAGUGGCGACAUGCUGAGGCAGCACCUGGUGGAGCUGCACUACGGACUAGGUUACCGGACCCACAUGGACGACAUGAAGGCAAUCAAGAUGGUGGAAGUCACGGACUGUAAGUCGCUCUACGACCUGCUCCAGAAGCGAGGACGGAACGAUCUGGAGUUCAACAACGUGGUGAGCAAGUGGGUGAGCACGAAGCAGAUGCUCGCCGACUGCCUAACCAAACACGACGUCCGCGCUGGCGACUACAUAAGGUAUGUGCUCCAGACCGGUGAGUACCGGCUGACGGAGGAUCUCAUGGCGGACCAGAUCAUCGCCAAGCAGAGGAUGGAGCUCAAAGGACGCAGAGGCAAAUACUACCGCUCGAAGUAUCCCAAGAGGCAGCGACCUGCUGACCAGCUCUUCGUUCACGAGGGCUACACCUACUUCGAGCGCGAGGACGAUAUCUACUGCGAGAAGCUCGAGGACAUGGUUGACUGGUCUGGGAUAGACCAGGUGACGAAGCGUCGGAGGAUCCCGACCCAGGUGCGGAAGCUGCUGACGAUCUACGCACCGACCAAGGCGGCCCUCGAGCGCUACGAGAAGGACUUCACGGAGAAGCACACCAUCAAGAAGCCGAAGGUGACGAACGAUGAGGACCCCAAGAAGGAGCUAGGUGCCACUGAGGAGCUUGGUGCGCACGUCGAGUCGGACGAGAACGUGAAGGAGGAUAACACCGACGUCGCUCAGAUCUACAUGGUGGACGCUGCAGGUGCCGAGUCUGAGGAGAGUAAGUCGGGCGCCGCUGCAGCUGCGACGGUGACGGUGUGUGCGUUGUGUCGGAUGACGUUGGACCAGUGCGAGCGCGGACCGAGGACACGCAAGAAGCCACAUCGGGCAUCUGCCUCUGCGCGUUCCGACGACCUACCUGCUGUACCUGAUGACGAAGACGAUGAUGACGAGGAAGCAGGGACCUGGCAGAAGGUACCGCACCGACGCAAGGAAUCUACGACACCGACGAAGAAGAUUCUGAAGGCUCGCGCGCUACACGAGAGAACCGGACACUCAUCGUACAAGAAGACCGCGGACGAGUUCGGCGACGUGAUAGUGGAAGGUGUUCUCGAGGCGUAUGAGCUGGUGGUCAAGAACUGCGACGAGUGUCGUCGAGGAAAGAAGACCUACGCCUCCGUGCAGCGUGGAGCCAAGGGCAGUGAGUUCGAGACGCACGAGUCCACGAGCAAGGCCAAGGGCAAGCUCAAGGGGAAGCAGAUGGCCCGAGAUCGCAUAGGGGACUGCGAGCACAAUGUGACGACCACACAGGGAAGCAACCAGUACAAGGACAAGCUCCGGUGCCUGCAGUGUGGCAUGCUGCUGGUGGACACGGACACGACGUGGUGGAAGCGAGAGAAGGAGUAUCGUGAGAUCGAGAAGACCUUGCGUACCAGCAAGGAGAAGGAGAUCAAAGCCGAGAUGAAGGCCAUCCGCCUCCGUGAUAUGUACGAGAGGAUGGAGGCCAGUGAGUCGAGCAAGUGA